UCACAUAAUAACAAAUCCUCUUAUGUUCACACCUUGCUUGUUUCUCUCUCCUUUGAAAAUGGGAUGAUCCAGCCAACUCCAGAACACAUUUCCUAUCUUGUCAAACCUUUCAACUCUAAUCCCCUUUAUGUGUUCACAUUUAACACACAUCUUUCACACCAUUUCAUCUUACAUAUCACUAUAUAGUAUAUAACCUCCUCCAUUUCUCCCCUUCAAUUUUCUCUCUCUAGCUAUCUCCCUUUUCAUUCUAUCUUUUCCUUUUUACAAUAAAAAUAAAAAUUCAUUCUUUUUAUCAAUUUGAUUUCACUUUCACUUCAAUUGAGCUCAGUUUGUAUCUGUAUCUGGGUAAUUCUUAGAUUUUGCAAGGUUUCAGGUGUUUGUUUGUUUUUUGACAAAAAUCCUGCUAAUUGAAAUGAAUGAUGGUGGUAAUAAUCAGAGCAAUAAUGGAGGAAGAAAAAGGAGGAGAAAAAAUGGAAAUGGGGUUUCUGAAAAUGAUAAUGUUGAACAAAAACAACAACCCAACAACAAGGGUUCAAAAGAGAUGAUGAUCACAUCAUUUUUACUCUUAGAAGAGCAAGAAAAACAGGAAAAACAAGAAUGGGAUGAAUUUUCCCAUCAAGAAAAAUCAAAAUUUGAAACCAAUCAUAAGAAAAAAACACAAGCUAUGUUAGAUUAUUACUCAAAUAUGCAAAAUCACUAUGUGGGUUUAGAAGAAACUAAUACAAUAAGACGAAAAAGAUCAAGGGCGGUGGCCAAUUCGGCUGUUGUAGGUGCUAGUGCUGUUGAUAAGCAAUGUAGUGGCUCAUCUGUGAGCCAUCAGAGAAGAUUAUGGGUGAAAGAUAGGUCUAAGGCAUGGUGGGAUGAAUGCAAUAGUCCUGAUUUUCCAGAGACGGAAUUUAAGAAAUGGUUUAGAAUGGGGAAAGCAACAUUUGAACUAAUAUGUGAUGAAUUGAAAUCGGCAGUUGCGAAAGAGGAUACGAUGUUACGAGCUGCAAUUCCAGUGGAUCAAAGAGUUGCAGUGUGUAUAUAUAGGUUAGCAACUGGUGAUCCCCUUAGGCUUGUAUCCAAGCAAUUUGGUUUAGGAAUCUCUACAUGUCAUAAGAUUGUUCUUGAUGUUUGUGCUGCGAUUAGGUCGGUUUUGAUGCCUAAGUAUCUACAAUGGCCAGACGAGGAAUCAUCAAGACGGAUUAAGGAAGAAUUUGAGUCGAUAUCAGGGAUCCCGAAUAUCGUUGGUGCUAUGUAUACAACACACAUUCCAAUUAUCGCGCCUAAGAUUAGUGUGGCGGCUUAUUUCAAUAAGCGACACACUGAGCGUAACCAGAAGACUUCAUACUCGAUUACAGUUCAAGGUGUGGUUGAUCCGAAAGGGGUUUUUAACGAUGUGUGCAUCGGAUGGCCUGGUUCAAUGCCUGACGACAAAGUAUUGGAGAAAUCCGCGUUGUAUCAGAGAGGUACACAAGGCCUUUUGAAAGGUGUUUGGAUAGUUGGUGGUUCAAGUUACCCUUUAAUGGAUUGGACACUUGUUCCUUAUAAUCAACACAAUCUAACUUGGACUCAACAUGCUUUUAACGAAAAGAUUGGCGAGAUUCAAUCGGUUAGUAAGGAUGCGUUCGCUAGGUUAAAAGGUCGAUGGCGUUGCUUGCAGAAACGAACUGAGGUCAAACUUCAAGAACUGCCUGUUGUUCUUGGUGCUUGUUGUGUGUUGCAUAAUUUAUGUGAAAUGAGAGGGGAAGGGAUGGAACCCGACUCCAAUUUCGAGCUUUUCGAUGAUGAAAUGGUUUCGGAGAAUCCCUUGCAGUCGAUAAGCUCGAUGAAAGCUCGAGAUUCCAUUGCACAUAAUCUCUUGCAUCAUGGUCUAGCAGGAACUGGUUUUCUGUGAUGACAAAGUCACAAAACUUUUUUUUUUGUUGUAGGUUCAUUUUUCAGUUUCUGCUAUUUCCAAAAGGGUACGGGUAUGGUUUGUCUGUCAUCUCUCCUCACCCGAACCCUGUUUUCGAGCGGAAUAUUGGGUUGAUGAUGAAAAUAAUUAGAAGGUCAAUAUCCUCAAUCUUUUACAAGAUAGCUGAUUUUUAGGAUGCAUAGGGUUUUUAAUAUGUUGUAUUCUAUACAUAGCUCAUAGGUAUGUAAUUGGUUUAUACUUAGAAUGAUGCUGAUUGCUGAGCAAGAUAUAGAUGAAGUUAAUCAAAGAGUGACUUCUAAUGGUUACAAUUCUUUUAUAUAACUGAAUUGUUUAUGUGAUCA